AGAAAUCGAGGCACAGAGAAAUUAAGUGACUUCGCCACAAUCCCAAGCUGGGGAGGACCAGGAUUAGAGCUUAGAGAGAACCCCUGACGCUGGGCGUGUGUCCUGACCACGGAGUCACGCUGCCUCCGUUCCUAGGAGAGAAGACUUCCUGCAAGAUGGAGGUGGACGCCGAGGAGAAGCGUCAUCGCACACGGUCCAAAGGGGUUCGAGUUCCCGUGGAACCAGCCAUACAAGAGCUGUUCAGCUGUCCCACUCCUGGCUGUGACGGCAGUGGUCACGUUAGUGGCAAAUAUGCAAGACACAGAAGUGUGUAUGGCUGCCCCUUGGCUAAAAAAAGAAAAACACAAGAUAAACAGCCCCAAGAACCUGCUCCUAAACGGAAACCGUUUGCAGUGAAAGCAGACAGCUCCUCAGUAGACGAGUGCUAUGAGAGCGACGGGACUGAGGAGGACAUGGACGAGAAGGAGGAGGACGACGAGGGGGAGUACUCUGAAGAUGACGACGAGCAGAGGGACGAAGAUGACGAGGAGGAGGAGGUGGACCGCGAGGAAGAGGAGGAGAUUGAGGAGGAAGAUGACGACGACGACGAAGAUGGAGAGGAUGUGGACGAGGAGGAGGAAGAGGAGGAGGAGGAGGAGGACGAGGAGGAAGAAGAAGAAAAUGAAGACCAUCAAAUGAAUUGUCACAAUACUCGAAUAAUGCAGGAUGCAGAAAAGGAUGAUAACAAUAACGAUGAGUAUGACAAUUACGACGAGCUGGUGGCCAAGUCCUUGUUGAAUCUUGGCAAGAUUGCCGAGGAUGCAGCAUACCGGGCCAGGACUGAGUCAGAAAUGAACAGCAAUACCUCCAAUAGUCUGGAAGACGAUAGCGACAAAAAUGAAAACCUGGGUCGGAAAAGCGAGUUAAGUCUAGACUUAGACAGUGAUGUCGUUAGAGAAACGGUGGACUCCCUUAAAUUAUUAGCACAAGGACAUGGUGUGGUGCUCGCUGAAAACAUGAAUGACAGAAAUUAUGUAGACACUAUGUCACAGCAAGAUAAUAGAAACAUGAAUUAUGUAAUGUUGGGGAAGCCCAUGAACAAUGGACUCAUGGAAAAAAUGGUGGAGGAAAGCGAUGAGGAGGUGUGUCUGAGCAGUUUGGAGUGCUUGAGGAAUCAGUGCUUUGACCUGGCCAGGAAACUGAGUGAGACGAACCCACAGGAGAGGAACCAACAGCAAAAUAUGAACAUCCGCCAGCAUGUCCGGCAAGAGGAUGACUUCCCGGGAAGAACGCCCGACAGGAACUACUCUGACAUGAUGAACCUGAUGAGGCUAGAGGAGCAGUUGAGUCCCAGAUCGAGAACUUUCUCCAGCUGUGCAAAGGAGGAUGGGUAUCAUGAAAGAGAUGACGAUACCACCUCCGUGAACUCGGACAGGUCCGAGGAAGUGUUUGACAUGACCAAGGGAAACUUGACCCUUCUUGAGAAAGCCAUUGCUUUGGAAACUGAAAGAGCAAAGGCCAUGAGGGAGAAGAUGGCAAUGGAAGCUGGGAGGCGUGACAACAUGAGGUCAUACGAGGAGCAGUCGCCAAGACAACUCCCCGGGGAGGAGAGAAAACCUAAAUCCAGUGACAGCCAUGUCAAAAAGCCAUACUAUGAUCCCUCGAGAGCAGAAAAGAAAGAGAGCAAGUGUCCAACCCCGGGGUGCGAUGGAACUGGCCACGUAACGGGGCUUUAUCCGCAUCACCGCAGUCUGUCCGGAUGCCCGCACAAAGAUAGGGUCCCUCCAGAAAUUCUUGCCAUGCAUGAAAAUGUUCUCAAGUGUCCUACUCCAGGCUGCACAGGGCGAGGGCAUGUAAAUAGCAACAGGAACUCGCACAGAAGCCUCUCUGGAUGCCCUAUUGCUGCAGCAGAGAAAUUGGCAAAGGCCCAAGAGAAACACCAGAGCUGUGAUGUGUCCAAGUCCAACCAGGCCUCAGACCGAGUGCUAAGGCCAAUGUGCUUUGUAAAGCAGCUCGAGAUCCCUCACUACGGCUACAGAAACAACGUCCCUACGACCACACCUCGCUCCAACCUGGCCAAAGAGCUGGAGAAAUAUUCCAAGACUUCCUUUGAAUACAACAGUUACGACAGCCAUACUUAUGGCAAGCGGGCCAUAGCUCCCAAGGUGCAAACCAGGGAUAUAUCCCCCAAAGGAUAUGAUGCGAAGCGGUACUGCAAGAAUGCCAGCCCCAGCCCCAGCAGCACCAGCAGCUACGCGCCCAGCAGCAGCAGCAACCUUAGCUGCGGCGGCGGCAGCAGCGCCAGCAGCACGUGCAGCAAGAGCAGCUUCGACUACACGCACGACAUGGAGGCAGCCCACAUGGCGGCCACAGCCAUCCUCAACCUGUCCACGCGCUGCCGAGAGAUGCCGCAGAACCUGUCCACCAAGCCGCAGGACCUCUGUGCUGCGCGGAACCCUGACAUGGAAGUGGAUGAGAACGGGACUCUGGACCUCAGCAUGAACAAGCAGAGGCCGAGAGAGGGCUGCUGCCCCAUUCUGACCCCCCUGGAGCCCAUGUCCCCCCAGCAGCAGGCAGUGAUGAACAGUCGGUGUUUCCAGCUGAGCGAGGGGGACUGCUGGGACUUGCCCGUAGACUACACCAAAAUGAAGCCCCGGAGGAUAGAGGAGGAUGACCCCAAAGAGAUUACUCCAGAAGACCUGGAUCCCUUCCAAGAAGCUCUGGAAGAAAGAAGGUAUCCAGGGGAGGUGACCAUCCCGAGCCCCAAACCCAAGUACCCCCAGUGCAAGGAGAGCAAAAAGGACUUAAUAACUCUGUCGGGCUGCCCACUGGCUGACAAAAGCAUUCGGAGUAUGCUGGCCACCAGCUCACAAGAACUCAAGUGCCCCACCCCUGGCUGCGAUGGCUCUGGGCACAUUACUGGCAACUACGCUUCUCAUCGAAGCCUUUCAGGGUGCCCGAGAGCAAAGAAAAGUGGCAUCCGAAUAGCACAGAGCAAAGAGGACAAGGAAGACCAGGAGCCCAUCAGAUGUCCCGUUCCCGGGUGUGACGGCCAGGGCCACAUAACCGGGAAGUACGCCUCCCACCGCAGCGCAUCCGGGUGCCCCCUGGCCGCCAAGAGGCAGAAGGACGGGUACCUCAAUGGCUCCCAGUUCUCCUGGAAGUCGGUCAAGACGGAGGGCAUGUCGUGCCCCACGCCGGGCUGCGACGGGUCGGGGCAUGUCAGCGGCAGUUUCCUCACGCACCGCAGCUUGUCGGGGUGCCCGAGAGCCACGUCAGCCAUGAAGAAGGCGAAGCUGUCGGGAGAGCAGAUGCUGACCAUCAGACAGCGGGCCAGCAACGGUAUAGAGAACGAUGAAGAGAUCAAACAGCUGGACGAGGAGAUCAAGGAGCUGAGCGAGUCCAACUCGCAGAUGGAGGCUGACAUGAUCAAACUCAGAACUCAGAUUACCACAAUGGAGAGCAACCUGAAGACGAUAGAAGAGGAGAACAAAGUAAUUGAACAGCAAAAUGAGUCUCUUCUUCAUGAACUGGCCAACUUAAGCCAGUCUUUAAUUCAUAGUCUAGCUAAUAUCCAGCUGCCACAUAUGGAGGAUGGUGUAUGGUGGGGGCAAUAAAUGAGGUUUUUUGCAUUCCAAGGAAAUGGCAUAUGGAUUAACUGUAAGAAAUGAGAUAAGUAAUUUAUUGUAAGACCACAUCAAGCCAUGGAAACUUGGCAGAAGAUUCAAAGCAGCUUAAACAGCACUUUUAAAUUAACUCCUGAGCAUUACAUGGUGUGACUGUGGGAACUUCAGCUAAGACAGGGGCUUUACAGAGGUGGACGGCGAGAAGAUUUCCUUUUCCAUUUUCAGUAAACUUUGGGACAACCUUCUCUUAUCUUCCUGAGUUUUGUGCCCCCCUGAACUGUUAUUGCAAUGUGGUUUACCCAACAGAAUCUGUGUGUUUUAAUUUAAGCUCAAAGAUAAUUUA